GCGCACGCGGGGCAGUAAGAGUUCACGAGUGUAAACACAGAGUGAGAUUCAAGUUUUCACUUUUCUCUGUUUCCUGUGAUUCUGGAUCAAAGUGUAAAGAGCUAGUGCUACAUUGCAGCUAAUUGCUAAGGCUGGGAGGGGGCGGGGCUAUUUGUGACACAGGACAGUGGACCGUGGACCGUGGAAGUUGUCGUCUGCACAGUCACACAUCCGUGAGACAGGUCCGUGCUGUGGACAGUUGACGGUGUUUGUUAAACCAUCAGUGUAUGUUGUAAGUGAAGUAUGAGGGUGAAUGUUCACGGAGAGUUGGUCAACGUGGUUUGGCAGAGAUUAUAAUCCGCACAAAGUUCAGUGACGACACCGAGCGUUUAUCAUCCUGAGUGGAUUAGGAACAACACGCCAAUGACAAACGACGUCUGGUCAAGUUACACCAUGAACUCUCUGAGCCUGUUGACGCCGUCUUCACUCUCCAGGUGUGUGUCAGCCAGCGCGUUGAUGACCCAGCAGCUCCUGUUUGGUUUAUCCGUGCGAAACAAAUCCUUCAGAGUCACGAACGCUGACCGCAGCGUAAAGAAAGGCAUCAUCGCGGACUCGCUGGAGACCCUCGUGAACAAGGCGAGUUUCUCGCUGAAUGUGACGCCCGGUUCCUUGGUUCUGGACGAGGACGGCACAGACGUGGAGACGGAGGAGUUCUUCGAGACGCUGCAAAACAACUCUGUCCUCAUGCUCCUGGACAUGGGAGAGAAGUGGAGCCCACAUCCUAACUGUCUCUCCAGAGGUCAUGUCUGCAAACACAGGCCACUGGAACGGACAGAUGUGGCCACGGUGACCUUUGAUCUCUACAAAAAUAACCCCAAGGAUUUCAUCGGCUGCCUCAACGUGAAGGCGACCCUCUACGGCGUGUACACCAUGUCUUAUGAAGUACAGUGUUACGCUGCCAAGAAGAUGCUCAAGGAGGCUCUGCGAUGGACCGUCUUGUCCAUGCAGGCCACAGGUCACAUCCUGCUUGGCUCCUCCGGCUACAUCGAGCAGCUGCUGGAGGACGAGGAGGAGGAGGAGGAGGAGGAGGAGGAGGAACAACAAGCGGAGAAGAAGCUGCCGCUGCCACAGAAAGGCAGGAUGAGGCAGCUGCAGCACAUGCUGCUGGGAAGAAUGUCUUACUGGUGAUGGACUCCAGCUGAAGACGGUACGGAUUUAGUGCACGGAUGAAACGGGUGAUUCCCACCUGAUGAUGUCACCGUUGCCUGUGCAGUUUGGACAAAAGCUCAUUGACGCUCCUGCACUGUUACAACUUUUCAUCACUGUGUCACUUUCUUUUUCCUUUAGAGGUGAAUAAGUAAAAGUUCAUUUCAAGGUCAAACGUGUGCCAAUAAACCUUCCUGAAUGUUACUCACUGAUCCUUUAAAGCUCCAGUGACUAACUGUUCCCAUCUGAAGAAUUCAGAGCAUUUGCAAAAACACUCCUGGCACAGUUACAUCAAGUCUGACAAUACGGUCUGAUCUUGUGAAAGCUCCUUAACUUUAAUGUUUCCAACCAGUUCCAGAAACAUGUCUUUUUUUCUUUUUUUUUU